AUGGUGCUCGAACGACUACAGCAGAUGGCCUCCCAUCUGACCGGCCAAGCUUCCCACACGCACCCUCUCGACCCUUUGACUACUGAAGAGAUCGCGRCCGCAGUUGCCAUUGUCAAACGAGAAUACCCGUCCGUUCAUUUCAACGCUGUUACGCUAUGGGAGCCACGAAAGKCAGAAAUGCAGGCAUGGCUGAGCAGUCCGGCCACUGUCCCGACACCUCACCGCGUUGCCGAUGUCGUGGCAAUUGGAAGAGGCAGUAAGGUAUUCGAUGGUCUGGUCGACCUGAAAGAGGAGCGGAUCGUCAAGUGGGAGCUCACAGAGGGUGUGCAGCCACUCAUUACCAUGGAGGACCUUCAGAUCGUGGAGAGUGUUGUGCGAAAGGAUGCGAAAGUUAUCGAGCAAUGCGGUAUCCUUGGAAUCCCACCUCAAGAUAUGCACAAAGUGUACUGCGAUCCAUGGACAAUCGGCUUUGACGAACGUUUUGGGUCCAAUGUCAGACUCCAGCAGGCUCUCAUGUAUUACAGACCUCAUGUGGACGACAGCCAGUACACCUACCCUCUGGACUUCUGCCCAAUUUUCAACGCAGACACUCAAGAGAUCGUCCACAUCGAUAUACCAAAGGUGCGGCGGCCUUUGAACACUGCGCCUCCGAUCAAUUAUCACGCCGAUGCGAUCAAGCAGGAAGGMGGUUACAGGACAGAUCUUAAGCCGAUACACAUCACUCAGCCUGAAGGUGUUAGCUUUUCGGCAGAUGGCAGGACGCUGAAAUGGCAGAAUUGGAGCGUGCAUGUUGGGUUCAAUUACCGCGAAGGUAUCGUUUUGUCAAACAUCACGUUCAACGACAAAGGAAAUGUACGUCCCGUGUUCUGGCGCAUGUCUCUCGCGGAGAUGGUGGUACCAUACGGCAACCCGGAGCAUCCUCAUCAGCGCAAACACGCAUUUGACCUGGGAGAGUACGGUGGUGGCUACAUGACCAACUCUCUUUCGCUUGGCUGUGAUUGUAAAGGUGCCAUUCACUACAUGGACGCAGCAUUUGUCAAUCGGGCUGGGGAGCCACAGACGAUCAAGAAUGCUAUCUGCAUCCAUGAAGAAGAUGCUGGCAUCUUGUUCAAACACACUGACUUCAGAGACGAGUCCUGCACGGUGACGCGUGCUCGCAAGUUCAUUAUAAGCCAUGUUUUCACCGCAGCUAACUACGAGUAUUGCGUUUACUGGAUCUUCCACAUGGAUGGCACCAUUCAGUUGGAGAUUAAGCUCACUGGAAUACUGAACACCUACGCUCUGGCUCCUGGCGAGAGCGCUGCACCAUGGGGCACUGAGGUGUACCCAGGUGUCAAUGCGCAUAACCAUCAGCACCUCUUUUGCCUGCGACUCGACCCGAAUCUAGAUGGCCCCGAGAACACAAUCUUCCAGGUCGAUGCCGUUCAAGGCGAUGGCGAGGUUGGUAGCAAAGAGAAUCCCUAUGGAAAUGCUUUCUACGCCAAGAAGACCAAGAUGGAGACCAUGGGAAGCGGCAUGAGCGAUUACAAUGGACAGACGAGCCGCACUUGGGAUAUAUCUAACACGAAUAAGAUCAAUCCAUACAGCAAGAAGCCUGUCUCAUACAAACUCGUGAGCAGAGAGGUCCCACCUCUUUUACCAAAGGAGGGAUCUCUGGUCUGGAAGCGAGCUGGUUUCGCUCGACACGCUGUGCAUGUCACGAAAUAUUCGGACGAACAGAUCCAUCCUGCCGGACGUCACGUCCCACAGACGAGUGGAGAGCCAUCUCAAGGCAUUCCCGCGUGGAUCGCCGCUGAUCCGGAUGCCAGCCUGGACAACACAGACGUCGUCCUAUGGCACACCUUCGGUUUGACACACUUUCCCUCCCCGGAGGACUACCCAGUCAUGCCUGCUGAGCCGAUGACUGUUCUGCUUCGGCCAAGGAACUUCUUCACAUCGAACCCAUGUAUGGACGUUCCCCCAUCUCAUUCUAGCACUCCCAGUCAGGUAGCUGCUGGAAAGGCCGGCAUUCGCGGGGCCGUGGACAGCUUGAGUAGACUGGCGUUUGGCGGUAAGCAGGAGAAGGGCGGCAGCAAUGAUUCCUAA